GUAACGUUGUUACGGACAGAGAGAGACAGAGACAUUGCUGUAUAGUUCUGUCCAUCCAUACAGAGAGGGGACCCCAUUUCCGAAACAGGGGAGCUUUCAGCACGAAUAUCCAUGCAGUCGAGUUUUCUUGCAUGAAAGUCGGAGAAAAAACUCUGGGUUUUGUGUGGUUAUAUUGGAAAACUGUAGCAGGUGAUCAAAUGGAGGGUGGUGGUGGUGGUGAUGCAUUCAGAGUAAGUAGUGGACGUCUAAGCAGCUCUAACAUCUGGAGGAACAGUGCCAUGGAUGUUUUCUCCAAGUCUUCGCGGGAAGACAACGAGGAAGAAACUUUGAAAUGGGCUGCUCUUGAGAAACUGCCCACCUAUAUGCGUAUAACGAGAGGUAUACUCACUGAAGCGGAGGGUCACGCCAGAGAGAUUGAUGUAAAGAAUCUUGGGGUGUUAGAGAGGAAGAAUUUGUUCGAGCGGCUAUUGAAGAUUGCUGAUGAAGAUAACGAGAACUUCUUGUUGAAGCUCAAGGACCGCGUUGAACGUGUUGGGCUUGAUAUUCCGACAAUUGAAGUCCGGUUCGAGCACCUACGUGUAGAAGCAGAAGCUUAUGUUGGAAGCAGGGGAUUACCCACAAUAUUCAAUUUUUGUGUUAAUAUGUUAGAGGGGUUCCUGAGUUAUCUUCACAUUAUUCCAAAUCGAAAGAAACCAUUACCAAUUCUUCAUGAUGUUUGUGGAAUCAUCAAGCCUAGAAGAAUGACAUUGCUUUUAGGCCCCCCAGGCUCUGGAAAGACCACAUUGCUAUUGGCUUUGGCAGGAAAACUUGGGAAAGAGCUGAAAUCCUCAGGGAGAGUCACGUACAAUGGACAUGGAAUGGAGCAUUUUGUACCGCAGAGGACUGCAGCUUAUAUAAGCCAAUAUGAUGUCCAUAUAGGAGAAAUGACGGUGAGAGAAACACUAGCUUUUUCGGCAAGAUGUCAAGGGGUCGGGCCACGUUAUGAGAUGUUGGCAGAAUUAUCAAGGAGAGAGAAGGCGGCAAACAUUAAGCCAGAUCCUGAUCUUGACAUCUAUAUGAAGGCUGCAUCACUAGAAGGGCAAGAACCCAGUGUCGUAACAGAUUAUAUACUCAAGGUAAAACCUUCAAUCCAUCUGAUUCUAAAAGGAUGUAUUAUAAAUAAAAAUACAAAAAUAUGGUAUGUAAUUUCCGUUCUUGAUUCUAAAAUUUUGAAGAUUCUUGGACUUGAAGUCUGUGCUGAUACCCUAGUGGGGGAUGAAAUGCUACGAGGUAUAUCUGGGGGACAAAGGAAGCGAGUCACAACAGGGGAAAUGCUGGUCGGGCCAGCAAAAGCACUUUUCAUGGAUGAGAUCUCCACUGGGCUGGACAGUUCAACAACAUUUCAGAUAGUAAACUCACUCAGACAAUCCAUCCACAUUCUCAAUGGAACAGCAGUUAUCUCUCUCCUCCAGCCAGCUCCAGAAACUUAUGACCUAUUUGAUGACAUAAUUCUCCUCUCAGACGGGCAAAUUGUGUAUCAGGGUCCUCGCGAAAAUGUGCUCGAGUUCUUUGAAUACAUGGGCUUCAAAUGUCCAGAGAGAAAGGGGGUUGCUGACUUCUUACAAGAAGUGACAUCAAGGAAAGAUCAAGAGCAGUACUGGGCAAAUAAAGAUGAACCUUAUAGUUUUGUUUCAGUCAAGGAAUUUGGUGAAGCAUUUCAGUCAUUUCACAUUGGUCAAAAACUAGGUGAUGAACUUGCUAUACCUUUUGACAAGUCCAAAGGCCAUCCCGCUGCUUUAACAACCAAAAAGUAUGGAGUUAGCAAGAAGGAACUAUUCAAAGCUUGUGUAUCUAGAGAACUUUUGCUUAUGAAGAGGAAUUCAUUUGUCUACAUUUUCAAGAUGUUCCAACUAAUUCUAUCGGCUUUUAUAACAAUGACAUUAUUUUUACGAACUGAGCUGCACCGGGAUACAACUGCAGAUGGUGGGAUUUAUAUGGGUGCUAUGUUCUUUACAAUCAUCAUAAUAAUGUUUAAUGGAUUCUCGGAGCUUGCCAUGACCAUCGUAAAACUUCCUGUCUUCUAUAAGCAGAGGGACCUCCUCUUCUAUCCUUCUUGGGCAUACUCUCUACCAACAUGGAUACUUAAGAUCCCAAUAACCUUCCUGGAAGUUGCCAUUUGGGUAGUCAUGACUUAUUAUGUCAUAGGCUUUGAUCCCAACAUUGAACGGUUUUUCAAACACUUUCUUUUACUCCUAUGUAUUAACCAGAUGGCAUCUGGACUUUUUCGAUUGAUGGGGGCAUUAGGGAGAAAUAUCAUUGUUGCGAACACAUUCGGGUCUUUCGCUUUACUUGCAGUUCUUGCUUUAGGUGGAUUUGUUUUAUCACGAGACGAUAUACCGAAAUGGUGGCUGUGGGGUUACUGGAUCUCACCAAUGAUGUAUGCACAGAAUGCUAUAACUGUCAAUGAAUUUCUUGGAAAGAGUUGGAGACAUGUUCCUCCUAAUUCAACAGAGCCAUUAGGAGUUUUAGUCUUGAAGUCUCGUGGGGUAUUCACAGAAGCAUACUGGUAUUGGAUUGGAGUUGGAGCAUUAAUUGGAUAUAUUUUGCUUUUCAAUUUCCUAUUCACGUUGGCCCUACAUUAUCUUGAUCCAUUUGGGAAGCCUCAGGCAGUACUAUCCAGAGAGGCCUUGGCUGAGAAAGAAGUUAGUAGAAGUGGAGAGUUCAUUGAGUUACCGUCAAGAGAAAAUAGCUUUUCUGAUAGAGGGAAUGAAGGUCGAAGAAGUGUAUCAUCCAGGACCUUGUCUACAAGAGUGAGCAGCAUUAAUGACGCUAAACGCCGGGGGAUGGUUCUUCCUUUUCAACCCCUUUCUAUCACAUUUGAUGAAAUCAGAUAUGCUAUAGACAUGCCACAGGAAAUGAAAGCUCAGGGCGUUCCUGAGGAUCGGCUGGAACUCUUGAAGGGGGUGAGCGGUGCUUUUAGGCCAGGAGUCCUCACUGCUCUAAUGGGUGUGAGUGGUGCAGGCAAGACUACUCUAUUGGAUGUGUUGGCAGGGAGGAAAACUGGUGGAUAUAUUGAGGGAAGCAUCACUAUAUCAGGGUAUCCCAAAAAGCAAGAAACAUUUGCCCGCAUUUCAGGAUACUGCGAGCAAACUGACAUCCACUCUCCUCAUGUGACAGUCUAUGAGUCUUUGGUUUAUUCUGCAUGGCUUCGGUUACCACCUGAGGUUGACUUCACAACCAGAAAGAUGUUCAUUGAGGAAGUCAUGGAGCUGGUGGAACUGAACUCAUUGAGAGAAGCCCUUGUUGGAUUGCCUGGCGUGAAUGGUCUAUCGACUGAGCAGCGCAAAAGGCUGACAAUUGCAGUUGAGCUUGUUGCCAACCCAUCUAUUAUAUUCAUGGAUGAACCGACCUCUGGUCUUGAUGCCAGGGCAGCAGCUAUAGUGAUGAGAACAGUGAGGAACACGGUAGACACAGGUCGAACUGUGGUGUGCACCAUCCACCAGCCCAGCAUUGAUAUAUUUGAUGCUUUUGAUGAGUUAUUUCUCUUGAAAAGGGGAGGUGAAGAGAUAUAUGUAGGUGCAUUAGGCCGCCAUUCUUCCCAUUUGAUCAACUACUUUGAGGGAAUUGAUGGAGUUCCUAAGAUUAAGGAUAAAUACAAUCCUGCUACUUGGAUGUUGGAGGUUACUUCAGUAGCACAAGAAGCAGCUCUUGGGGUGAAUUUCACCGACGUAUACAAGAACUCAGAACUUUAUAGGAGAAACAAGGCCUUGAUCAAGGAACUAAGUACACCUCUGCCAGGUUCAAAAGACUUGUACUUCCCUACACAAUACUCACAGCCUUUCUUUACCCAAUGUAUGGCUUGCCUAUGGAAACAACAUUUGUCAUAUUGGCGAAACCCACCAUACGGUGCAGUCAGACUCCUAUUCACAACAUUCACAGCUUUAAUGUUUGGGACAAUAUUCUGGGAUAUUGGCUCCAAAAGGCGAAACCGACAAGAUCUUUUUAAUGCAAUGGGUUCCAUGUAUGCUGCUGUGCUCUUCAUUGGGGUACAAAAUGCCUCAUCAGUGCAAUCAGUUGUGGCCAUUGAGAGAACAGUCUUUUACAGAGAAAGAGCAGCUGGAAUGUAUUCUGCUUUGCCAUAUGCCUUUGGUCAGGUUUUUAUUGAGCUUCCUUACAUUUUUGUUCAGACUCUAAUAUAUGGGAUCAUAGUGUAUGCCAUGAUCGGGUUUGAUUGGAAAGUCGGCAAAUUCUUGUGGUAUAUCUUCUUCAUGUACUUCACCCUAUUAUACUUCACUUUCUAUGGCAUGAUGGCCGUGGCUGUUACUCCAAACUACAACAUUGCUGCUAUAGUUUCUUCAGCUUUCUAUGCAAUCUGGAAUCUUUUCUCAGGAUUUGUCAUUCCCAGAACAAGGAUGCCAAUCUGGUGGAGAUGGUACUAUUGGGCUUGUCCAGUCUCUUGGACCUUGUAUGGAUUGAUUGCUUCACAAUUUGGUGACAUUGAUGACACACUUGAUUCUGGUGAGAGUGUGGAAGAGUUUUUGAUGAGUUAUUUUGGGUAUAGACAUGACUUUGUGGGUGUUGUUGCCAUUGUAAUUGUUGGAAUUUCAGUGUUGUUUGGAUUCACCUUUGCCUAUUCAAUUAAGGCAUUCAACUUCCAAAAAAGAUGACAUUUUAUACAUAUAAAUACAAAUCAAUGAAAUUCCCUCAUUGUAAGUUUUG